ACUGUUACUAAUGAUGUUGAUCUAGGUGAUGGUGCUAGUUUCUCACUCCCGCCAUACCAAAUUGUUCAAAAUAUCAAGUUGUUGAUAGAUGCUUUACUCAAAUUGCAUGAUUUGAGCGACGAUGUGGGAUACCUCACCCGAGCACAAGUGGAACUAAACGAUGCGAUCAACAUUAAUAACACAGUAGAGGAGCAGUUUAAGGAGGUUGACUCUCUGAUGCUUCUGCAAGCUAAAAUACACUUGGGAGAGUAUACAUCAUCACAACCACCUUCCGUGGAUGCUGCCCAGGUCUUGGUAGGAGAAUACAGGAGUGUGCUCGAACUCAGAAGCCAGAAGAAAGACAAUGAGUGCGUGGAAGCACUCUGCGAGUUGGCUGAAGUGCUCGUUGAAGUUGCCAAAAGUGGUACAUCAAGCUGGGCACUACUAAGUGAAGCUCAAGGGCUGUUUAAGCAAGCAUUGGAUUUGGAGGUAUCCCUCAAAACUAUUGGCAGCGUCGAUCCUAACUCCAUAGCAAACCAGAUUAAGAUACUGCUAGCAAUGUCAACUGUGUCAGUAUAUCGUGCAGAAUUAGUCGGAAAGAGUAACGCCAACUAUCAGACGCUGAUAAACAACAGUCAGGUAUACCUUAAGCGUGGAUUAGAGAUGACACAGCCAGUUCACAAGCCACACCCAAAUUGGCAAGUCGAGGAUGCAAAGUAUGAAGCAAUCGUGAGGAUAAUCGAUGAGCGUAUAAAGUACCACAAUGAGAGUGAGGAAAGUCAAAGACAUUUGGUCGAUAUUCUCCGUAGGAAUAACGUCAAUGUGGAUGUAUACAGGAGAAGACAGUAAGAUUACUCCCAGGGUUUCUUAGGUUGUUCACUGUGUGAAAUUGAUGGUUGAUUAUCUAUUACGGUGUCUGGUAUCUUGUCUGUGAAGGGUAGACUAUCGGCCUUGC